AUGUCCGCUUCCUCCCAGUCUCCUCCCAAGGAUGUCGAGCAAGGUGCACCGUCACCCGAGGACGAAGGACAAAUGGACGCGCAAGACCCACAAUCGGGAGGCCUUUCCUAUGAGUUCGAAGGUGUAAAAGAGCAGGACAGAUGGCUCCCCAUAGCCAAUGCCUCGCAUAGGAUGUCUCACGAUUUGUCUAAGUCGCUUGACCCGCCUUGCGCCUCUAAAUCGCCUGGCAAGAUCGACGAGCUGGAUGCUAACAUUCGGAAUUUUGGAUUAGUCGCUCGAAUCAUGAAGAACGCCCUCCCUGAUAAUGCAAAAAUUGCAAAGGAAGCCAAGGAGUGUAUGCAGGAAUGCGUCAGCGAGUUUAUCUCCUUCAUCACUAGUGAGGCUUCUGAAAAAUGCCAGCAGGAGAAGAGAAAGACUGUCAAUGGCGAGGACAUCUUGUUCGCUAUGACUUCCCUAGGGUUUGAGAACUACGCCGAGGCCUUGAAGGUCUAUUUGUCAAAAUACCGUGAGCAACAAAAUCAGACCAACCGAGACCGUGUCAUUGAGAACCAGUCAUGGGGAGGGCAAAUGUCGGGUGAGGGUACUGUCGCCUCUGACGGCGCAGCUGCUGCCCCCGAAGGGUCAAACAACAUUGAGGGAGGCGCUGAUGUCAAUUAUCUGUAUUCCGGUGCCCAAGCCGGCCACAACGGCGCCGGUGCAGGCGAAGGUUACUAG